GACUCUACUUUUCUCGGCCACCUGGCCACAAGCGGUCAAGGCAUUUGCGUUUUCGGUCUUGCGACAGCCCGUCGAGGUUCGCGUGGGUGCUGGCGACUCCUCCUUCAGUACCAACCCCAAUGUCGUGCAGGACGUCAUAUUCCUGCGAGACGACUGUGAGAAGCCUUCGGCGCUGUGUGCGCUCCUGAAAGGGAGGAAGAACGUUAAAGCGAUCGUCUUCGUCGCCACGAAGAGAACCUGCCAGCAGCUGGAGAGGAGCCUACGAGGCAGGGUGCCUUUGGUUUGUGACGCAAUCCACGGCGAUCGAAACCAGCGAGAUCGCGAGGCUGUUCUGGACCAUUUCCGGAAGGGCCAGGUGCAGGUCCUGCUCGCCACGGAUGUGGCCGGGCGUGGCAUCGACGUGAGCAACGUCAAUCUCGUGGUGAACUACGACUGCCCUCGUAAUGCCGAGGACUACAUACACCGUAUCGGUCGAACCGGCCGGCAGGGGAAAGGCGUGGCCAUUUCCAUCCUGACCGACCGUGAGCAGGAUGCCAUGGAACUCAUAGCUAACGUGAUCGAGAAGGCAGGCACUCGGAUGCCGCCAGAGCUGGCAAAAAGGAUGGGUAUGCUUCUGGGCGGCAACAAGAAGGUGGAUCCGCGGAUGCACUGGAAGGAACCUUGGCAGGGAUUGGACGGAAAUAGCUACCAGAAGGAGGAUCUGAAGAGUGCAGUGGAGUCUCUGUGGACAUGA